AUGGAGGCGAUGAGCUACGAGCGCUUGGCCCAGAGGCAGUGCGAGCUGGGCGAGGAGCUUGCAGCACUUCGGGCAUGCCUUCAGGCCUGCGGGGUGCUGCGGCCGCAGCAGUUCCUGGCGAAGCUGCACCGGCUGCGCUUCGAGGAGCUGCUGGCCCGGGCCCCGUGCGUCUUCACGGGCAGCCUGGAGCUUUGCAUGCAGUCGCCGGAGCUGGUGCUGCAGGUGGCCGGCUUGCUGGGCCACGCGGAGGCCGUGGCCAUGUCGGAAUGCUCCAUCGGGCUGAGGAGCUGCCUGCGGUCGGUGUCCCUGGAGUUGAACGAGCUCUUUCCGCAGCAGGCACUUGUGCUGGGCGGCGUGGACGAGAAUGCUGAAGCCAUGGCCUCAGUCGAAAGCUUUGACAUCACGACGAACUCGUGGACAGAGCUGCCAAAGCUGCGUGCGCCGCGCUGGAGCUGCGCAGCCGCUGCAGCGGCAGGCCGUAUCUUCGUGUUGGGCGGCCGUAACAUAGACGGUGAGGUGCUGGGUACUGUGGAGACCUACAACAUGCGGCGCGGUCGAUGGGAGCAUGUCAGGGCCUGCAGAUAG